ACGAACCCAUAUGCUACAAAGAAUGUAAAAACUAAAAAGUUUUGAUAUCGGUAUUAGAGAUGUUGAACUGAACCGAGUAGAACCAACCGAAAUCAAAUUAGAGCCCUAUUGAGCUUCUUCACCACUUCCUCCUCCUCCUCCUCUAGGGCUUAUGCGCUCGUCUCUUAAAUCUCCGAUUCCCUGAGCUAACUCGUCGGAAAAAAAUGUCUCCGAUCGAGAAUUCGUCGUCUUGGACACUCGAAUCCGACCUAGAGGAUCUAGACAUCGACCUCCAGGACUACGGACCUUCCCUGCCUCCCAAAAAAGUCCCCAACGGAGACAUUUUCGAAGCCUCCCGCGCCGGAGACGUCGACAGGCUCCGCUACCUUCUCGAGUCCGGAGUCAACGUCAACGCUCGCGACCGUUGGGACUCCGUCGCUCUCUACUACGCCUGCCUCACCGGACGACUCGACGCCGCUCGGUUGCUUCUUGAAAACGGCGCCAUUUGCUCCGAGCACACUUUCGACGGCGACCGUUGUCACUACGCUUCUCUUAACCUCAGGAUUCGGAAGCUUCUCAAGGCUUUUGAAGCUCGUCCGCCUCCGCUUGCUCCCUUGCAAGCUUCUCUUAGGGAUACGUUUCUCGGUUGCCGCCACAAUCAAGCUUAUCUCAAACAAGGUUCUGAUGGGAACAGUGUUUCAGUUGAUGAGACUGGUAGUUCCACUUACUUCCCACCGGAUGUGAUCUUCUUCGUUCAAGGCAGACCAGUUGAAGCACACAGGGUUAUCUUAAGCGCUCGGUCUCCGUUCUUCAAGCAAAAGUUCGAGAACGAAUGGAAAGAACGGAGAGAAGUUAGGUUCUCCAAAGAGAAGCUUUCGUACCCCGCUCUCUGCAGCCUCAUCCACUUCUUCUACUCGGAUAGGCUUGAGAUCUCCGUCGACGACAUGGAAGAUCUCGUAAGGAUCUGCAAAGUCUGCAAAUGCGAAUCUUUGCAGAAGAUCGUCGAGAAGGAGCUGAUUCACCAGAGAUAUGCUGAGUACAAGACGCAUAGAGAUCUUGAUAACUCUAUGAAACGGUUUAUCUUGCAGGGUGUGGCCCUUCCGGAGGAAGACAGGCUUCCUGCUUCCUUGGGUAGGAUUCUUGGAGUGGAUAGCCUUGCUGACGUUUGCGUUAGAGUAGAUAAAAGGAGUUAUUAUUGCCAUCAAGUGAUACUAGCGUCGAGGUCAGAGUACUUCAGAGCGAGGUUAUCACGAGUGAAUGAUUUUACUGAGGGGAAAAAUGGUUUGCCUGGUGAUAGUCUUCCGUUUCUUGAAGAACAUGAUUUGAGCGCUGAGGCUUUCGAGAAGAUGAUUGAGUAUAUGUACACUGAUGGCUUGAAGGAGAUCAGUCCAGAUCAGGCUGAGGAGAUCUUUGAUGUUGCAUCUCGCUACUUACUGUUUCCUCUUAAACGCGCUGUGGCUGACGCCUUGUUGCCUCAUUUGGAAUCAGCCACACCUGCAGAGCUCUGUCAUUGGCUUGUUUUGUCAGAUAUGUACGGCGUGUUAAAGAUAAGAGAGUACUGCCUAGACCUGGUUGCUUGUAAUUUCGAGGCGUUUGUGGAGACCCGCGAGUUCAGGGCAAUGCUAUUAACGUUGCCUCCACCAUCAGGGGACUCUUCACUUCGAACCACUGUUCCAAGUGCACCAGGUGCAACGAUGACCACAGACCAAGGGAAUCUGCUCGAUGAUCUGAGAGAGAAGUGGCUUGAAGCGGAGGCUUUGGAGCUUGACAUGAGAGACGAGAGUGCUUUGAUUUUCGAUAAGCGCCUCAGAAUGCUUGUGGAAAUGGCGGAGCAAGAGAAAUCAGAGUCGGAAGCAGAGGACAACAGAGACACCGGUCCAUGAUUGUAGUUGGUUCUCUCCUUAAAGAGUCCGGUGAAGACAAGUUUUGAGUCUGUUUUGUUUUCAUAUAUAUACUUUUACUCCUUUCUCGUAAUUUUAUAUAGAACCUUUUCAAGCAUUUCUCUACACGGACGAUCAAACAUACCAUUAGAUGUUGAUAAUAUAAUUUCAGUCUCUGUGGAUAAGUUGGAGAUCUCUUCUGUCA